AUGACAACUAUAAUCACCUAAUAAUUCAGUUAAAAUAUUAUCAUUACAUAACUAUGGAUCGGUGAACGAUUGCUGUAUCGAAUUCAUCGGAAUUUUCAUUCUGAGACGACGAUGAACAAAGUAGAAUUGUUAUCAAAGGAGAUCAUCAAACCGUCUUCUCCGACACCUCAACACCUCAAAACCUAUAACCUUUCACUUCUUGAUCAGCUUACUCCUCCUGUUUAUGUUCAGGGCAUUGUUUUCUAUCCAUCCGGUAGCAUUGAGAAAAUUAAUGGGGGUGAAACAGAAAUCUUCAAGCUACUCAAGAAAUCGUUAUCGGAGACACUAACGCUUUAUUAUCCGUUUGCUGGUCGAAUCAAAGAUAACAUCAUAGUUGAUUGUAACGAUGAGGGAAUCGAGUACUAUGAGGCGAAAGUCAAUGGCGAAAUCUCCGAAUAUAUGAGUUCAGAUGUCUUGUAUCAAUUGUUUCCAUCUGAUAUUGUUACUGAUAAUAUUGUCCAGGAUACUCCGCUAGUCGUCCAAGUAAACAUGUUUGAUUGCGGCGGGAUAGCCAUCACCGGGUGCGUGUCACACAAGCUAGCCGACGGGCUGAGCGUCGCAGCGUUGGUCAACGCUUGGGCAGCCAGCGCUCUCGGUGGGGGUGGGGGUGGUGGUGUUGUGGAAAGUCUGCACCCGACAUUCGAGUCUGCUUCUCAUUUCCCUCCUCAACAGAACAUACCAAAUUCCAUUAUACCUGCAGAUUUACUACAGAGCAUUGGGCAAGGAUCAAAGAUUGUUUCCAAGAGAUUUGUAAUAGAUGGUUCCAAAUUAUCCACCUUAAGGUCAACGAUCAUGGACAUGUCUUCUGAUACAACAAACAGCGAUCACCACCUGACAGCAGUCGAGGCCGUUACGGCUCUGUUAUGGAAAUCAGUGAUGGAGGUGAGUAAAUCGAGAUCAGCUACACUAGAAAAACCCACGCCAAUUUCAGUAGUAAACCUUGGCGUAAACUUGAGAAAAAGAAUGGAACCACCAUUGCCAAGUGCAUCGUUCGGGAAUAUCGUAACGGUCGCCACUGCAACAUCGAUGAACAAUAGCGAAAAUGAAUUAGAUGGAUUGGUGGGUCAAGUUAGAGAAAGUAUAAGUAAGAUCAACAAUGAGUAUAUACAGUAUAUGGGAAGUGGUGGAUUUCUGAAAUCCAUAUUAGCGUUUGCAAAUUUUAAUGAGAAUGGGAAUCCUAUGGAUCAAAAUGUUGAGGUUUAUUGGAUCUCUAGUAUAUGUAAAGUUCCGCUGUAUGAGAUUGAUUUUGGAUGGGGGAAACCAGAGUUGGUGAGUUCUGGUGCAAGUCAACCAUAUCAGAAUGUAUUUCUAUUGAUGGAUACAAAAUGUGGUAAUGGGGUUGAAGUGCAAGUAAAUAUGACAGAGGAAGAUAUGGCUUUGUUUGAGACAAAUCAAGGGCUUCUUGAAUUUGCCACCGUUACCAACUAGAUAUCGGAAUUUGUACAUGGCUUUAUAAUUCUUUUUUUUUUUUUGCCCCUUUCUUUUUUGGUGUGUGUGUUUGUUUUUGUAUAGGGUUGUGCUUGUGCCCAAAUAUUUGCCAAUGUUGGGCUUUGUUAUCUUGUUAAGUUUUCAUGUAAGUAAUCAUCACUUGGGUUUGAAUAAAAUGUUUAUAGAUUGAUUACA